AUGAAGAUAACAACAUGGAAUGUUAGGGGUUUAUCGGCCCUUGACAAAAAAUGCUUGGUCAAAAGGGCAAUACAAAGAAUUUCAGGAGAUAUUAUAUUGUUGCAAGAGACCAAGCUAAAUGCAAAAAAAAUUUCCUUCUUCAAAUCUUUUAGUAGGUUGUGGGACGGAGACUCUCAGAAGGCGAAUGGAUCUAUGGGUGGUUUGGCGGUUCUAUGGAACCCUGAUAAAGUUUCAGUUUGUACAAUCUCCAAGCAAGAAAAUUGGAUGCAUUGUAACAUAAGAUUUUUGCAGGAAGAUUUGGAGUUUUCUUUGUUCAACGUUUAUGGCCCAACCAAGACAGAAGAAAAGAAGAGGGUUUGGAAAGAAAUUUCAGAACAAAUUAAAUUGGUGGAUUCAGAGAAAGUGAUAGUGGCGGGAGAUUUCAAUGCUAUUCUCAAUAAUGAAGAAAAAUAUGGAGGAUUAAGAAUGAACGCUCGUGUGAUGGAAGAUUUCCGAGAUUUUGUGAUAGAUAAUAACCUUUUCGAUGUUAUCCCUAAAUCAGGUAACUUCACAUGGACUAAUAAGAGGGCAAAUUUCAGCAGAAUUUUAGAGAGGUUGGACAGAAUAUUCACAGGAACAUAUUGGAUCAAAGGACAAUUUGAAUUGGAGUUGUCAAUUCUGCCCAUAACACUCUCGGAUCAUUUCUCGGUUCAGAUGAAUUGUAUCACUCUAGUGGCAAAGGUGAAAGGGAAUUUUAAAUUUUUGAGCAUGUGGUGGAGAGAUAUUAACUUCGAAAAAACCAUUGAGAAGUGGUGGGUAGAAUGCGCAGAUUAUAGAGGUACUCCAAGUUUUUGUUUUGUCCAGAAGAUGAAAUAUCUGAGGAAUAAGAUUAAAAUAUGGAAUGUGGAAUCCUUUAAGAAUAUUUUUUUAGAGAAAAUUAGGGUGGAAGCGGAACUUGAUAGGCUCAAUAACUUGGUAAUUGAGAAGGGGAUGUCUAUUGAAGAAUUUAAAACCGAGAAUUCUCUUAAAGCGGAAUUGGCAAAGAUUCUCCAGCAAGAAGAAAUAUUUUGGCGGGACAAAUCUAGAGAAUUAUGGAUCAAAGCUAGAGAUUCAAAUUCAAAAUUUUUUCAUGCUUCAUUAAAAGCAAAGAGGAAAAAAACAAAAUCAGUCAUUUGCUAG